AUGGUAAAUACUGCUGACGAAACAAGUAAAACUACUACAGAACAAGAAAAUUUGAAAGAUGCUUCAAGAGCCCAAGGGACCGGAUUACGGAGCUAUGAUAGUCCGCGGCGCUGCCGGAGUUGUAAUCGCGAUUUCACUAAGUUUGAUAUUCCUAGUAGUCGGGAACUUGAUAUACACAAGUCUGACGGACAAGGGGGAAGUUCGUCGCAGGAAACAUCAUUAGCUUUAUUUACAUAUUUAAAACCAAGGUUCACUUCUAGUAAUAGCAGCAUCAGUAAUAAAUUUCGAUCAUGUCAUUCGGACAAUCACGACACAAUUUGCCAAUCUAAAGUUUCUUUCAAGUGCGACGAGGCGUCAUCUUUUUUAGAAUUUCCUGAUUCAUCUGCGACGACAGCUUCAAAUCCCGAGACUGAUGACAAUAGUUCCGUCAGUGCCAUGCAACCAUCAAAAAUUAUACAAAAAUUCAAUUUGAAGUCGUCCAAGUCUCGGUCUAAGACCCCGUUCUGUCCAUGUUUCUCUCCAAACGUCUCAUCAGACUCCAGUUGUGAUUCAGAUGAAGAAGAAAAAGAGACGGAAACCAUCGUCGGACAAGCAUCUAACCAAUUGCCUUUUGUGAAAUCGAAGCCUGAAGUGCCUGUACAUAAAAUAGUUGAAUACUCCUAUCAUCUUGUACCUGAUAUGAACAAAAUUUAUGCCUCUACCUAUUAUUGGGGCGUAAUGGACAGAUUCAAAGCAGAAGAGCUGUUAGAAGAUAAACCGGAAGGAACUUUUCUAUUACGUGAUAGUGCCCAGAAUGAGUUCCUGUUUUCCGUAUCUUUUCGAAGGUUUAACCGAACUCUUCAUGCCAGAAUAGAACAAGAAAAUCAUCGUUUCGGUUUUGAUAUUCUCGACCAAACAAUUUUUUCUUCCGAAUCAAUAACGACUCUCAUUGAGAAUUAUAAGGAUGUCUACAGAUGUUUGUUUUUUGAGCCACAACUAACACAUCCUUUACAUCGAAGUCACGUAUUUUCUCUUCAGGAAUUAUGUAGAGCUUCUGUGGCCAGCAAAACGAAUUACACGAGAGUUUCGGAAUUAGAUCUUCCUUCGAAACUGAAACAGUACAUCCGUCAAUAUCAUUAUACUGUAAGUGUUAGGACUGUUUACAAUGCGCAUGAUUGA